UAGGAAAUGUCACUUUCUGUUUCGCUCCGGGCGAUUCCCAGUAGCGGGGGGCGGAACGUUGGGGCCAGCUGGCGGGGCAGCGAGAGGCGCCCGCGGGCGGCGGGUCGGGCAGCCUGGCCGGGCUCUGAGCCGCCUGCCCCGGGCUGGGCCAUGGAGGCCGAGCCGCAGCCCGACAGCCUGGAGGGCUGGGUGGCCAUCCGGGAGAACGCGUUCGCCGAGCCCGAGCCGCACAAGCUGCGCUUCCUCGUGGGCUGGAACGAGAUCGAGAGCAAGUUCGCGGUGACCUGCCACAACCGCACCCUGCAGGAGCAGCAGCGCGGGGCGGCCGGCCCGGCAGCCGGGGAAGGGGCCGAGGAGACGCCGGCCCCCGAGCAGCAGCAGAGCUGGGCCGGCCUGUUCUCGGCGCAGGCCCUGCUGGGCGUGCACCGGCAGCUGGCGGCGCUGAGCGAGCGGCUGGAGCCCUGCUUCCCCCCGCUGCCCCCGGUGCUGCCCGGCCAGAGCAGCGGCAGCCUGUGGACGCUGCUCUUCCCCAGCGGGCCGGUGCUGGAGGAGGCCGAGCUGGAGGCGCUGUGCCGCGGGCUGGAGCGCUACCUGGGCUGGGCGCUGGAGCUGUGCGGCCGCAGGGUGGUGCUGGACUCGCUCUUCGCCCAGGACCAGCAGCAGGAGGCCGAGUACUUCGAGAACCUGCACGAGUUCCGCAGGAAGGCCCUGAAGGGGCACCUGGUCCGGGCCAAGGAGGCCCUGCGGAGGGUUCUACAGAAGCAUAAAAAUGCUGACACAAUGGUGGCUUUAAUGAAGGUUUAUGAAGAAGAAGAUGAAGCUUAUCAGGAAUUAGUUACCAUGGCAACACAAUUCUACCAAUAUUUACUGCAGCCGUUUAGAGAUAUGCGAGAAUUGGCAACAUUAUACAGACUGGAAAUCCUGAAAUCCUUACAGAUUGGUAGGCUGGGCCCUAAGAGAAUAGAAGCCUUGCAAAAAGAAGCUGAAGACUGGACUGAGCAAGCUGAAGAAGCCGUGUGCUCCAUUCAGGACAUCACUGUGAGCUACUUCAAAGAAACUGUAACGGCGCUAGCAGCAAUGCACAAACAGAUGGAACAAGAUCGGAAGAGAUUUGGCCAAGCCACCUGGGCGUCUGCUUCUCCAAGACUAGAAAACCUGAAGUACAUGUUAGCAAAAGAGACUCUUCAGCACAUGAGAGCAAGAGAACUGUGUCUGAAUCACAAGAGAACUGACAUCCGGAAAAAUAUGGAAAACCUUGAUGAACAAGAGGAGAAUAUAGCUCUAGUAGAGAAGCUGGAAAUAGAGUAUUAUGAAACCCAACUGGAACUGUAUGAUGUACAAUUUGAGAUACUUAAACAUGAAGAAAUGCUGCUUAUUACACAACUGGACACUUUAAGGAGACAGAUAAAAGAGAAACAGGAGGAAGUUGUUUACUAUGAUACCUGUGAAAAUCCUGAGGAGCUCCAGGUCAUUGAGCAGACAGUGGGACAACAUUGUGCUUGCUCAUCAGAAAUCACUAAGCUGAGGCUGAAGACUCAGCGGCUGGAGGCUAAACGUGGGACUAUCUGUGCGAGACGAGCCUACCUCAGGAACAAAAAAGAUCAGUGCGAAGAGAGCCACCGGUUUAGACUACAGCAGGCACAGGAAAACACAAAACGCUUCCAUCAGCAUCACAGCAUCCAGCUAAAAAGAGACAAGGUGAAAGAGGAAGAGAAGAAGAAAAAAGCUUGGAUAAGCCAGGAACGCCAGAAAACCCUGGAGAGGCUAAAAACAUUCAAGGAGAAGUGUCCAGCUGAGUUUGUGCUAAAAACAUCUCGGUCGCAGCCUCGCAGCCCCAAGCAGCCGCAAAGUAUUUCCCGUCAGACUCCAGCGCUGUCCCCUCAGCCUGUAUCAAUAACUAGUCCAUCCCCAAAGCAGCUGAAAAGCACUCGGCCAGCACAAGCCAGAGGUUUAAAAGCAGCAUGUGGGAAUACUCCUGCAGACAUCCCUGUCCAGAUUUUUGUUCCUGCUGGUGACCCAAAGCAACAGAAGCACAAUGAGGGGCUGAUUAUGCCACCACCACCACCACCACCACCACCACUGCCAGUCUGCCAGCCUCUGCCCUUAAAGGCAUCAGUGACAACCAAAGAUCAGCUGCUUCCCCUCAACAGCGGAGGCUCUACGGAAAGUGCUGCCACACGGAGACUAGAUGACUCAUCCAAAAGAUCUGUAAAUAAUUAUACAGGAUCCAUGGAUGAAGUUUUGGCUUCUUUAAGACGUGGUGAAGUUCUUCUUCGUAAAGUGGAACAGCCCAGUUUGUCACCUUCAAAUGACUCUAUAAAAGACAGCAUCCUCUCUGCUAUACGGCAAGGAGUUAAGCUAAGGAAAGUGAAUCAAGAUCCCAAGAAAGAUAUCAGUAAAGGAUCCGACAGUGAACUGGAGAGAAGCAUAAAGGCAGCCAUCCAGAGAAUAAAAAAAGUGUCUGCUGACUCUGAAGAGGAUGAAAAUAGCGAUCACAAUAAUGGAGAAUGGGACAGUUAACCGAUUUAGAGCAAGAGAUGUAUUGACUGGAACGUUGUGUCUUCAUCAUUUUGCACACUUCAGAAGCUGAGUUCUGUCUUUGGAAAAAUGAAUGCGUACACGUGCACAGGAGAAUUAAUCCCGUGAUAGUUCAAAAGCUCCUAUAUAUUAUUUUAAACAGUCCUGUUGAUUCUUUGCAGAGGUUAAGUGUUUUUUGUUGAUACAGACAAAGCAUAGAUUUAAAAUAUAUUCUCACGUCUUAACAAGAGAUUCCAGUUUACUCAGGCAGACUGAGAAUUCUUCAGUAUAGCUACAGAGAGCUUAAUCCAGGAACACAAUCUCCAAAUUACUUUGUGGUGCUGACUACUGCAUAGUCAAUAAGAAAGCUACCACAACCUUUUUUUAAUAAUAAAAAUUAACAGAAAAUCUACUUCAGACUCAAAAAAAAAAAAUUCCUGGCAUUGAAAAGGCAAAAACAAAUCCAGAGAGAUUAUUUUAACGCAAUUUGAAAUUCUUCACAUUAUCUCCAGAGCCUGUUUUCCUUGAACUCUAUAUUGUCCAUAAUACAGAUUAUUCUCAACAUUUGUGAAUAAGGGCUUUGCUACUGAUUAGUAAAUAACAAUUUACCAUGACAUUGUAAGGCCUGCGCUAGAGAAGAGCUCCAGACUCACGGUUAAGCCUGUGAGUCUAUCAUGGAAGUCACGGAUUCCGUGACUUUCUGGGACCUCUGUGACUUCUGCAGCGGCAUGUGCAGCUGGUCAUGGGGCCAUCUAAGCAACUCCGGUGACCCCCGGGCCAGCCGCACCGGCUGCCAAUGGGAGCUGCAGAGCAGGCGCUUGGGGCGGGGACAGCGCACGGAGCCCCCCUGGCCGUGCCUCCGCCUAGGGGCCGCAGGGACAUACCGGCUGCUUCCGGGACCUGAGCGGAGCCGGGUAGGGAGUCUGCCAGCCUCUCCCCCCCAGCACCCCAGUUUUAGUCAGGGGUAUAUGGUACAAGUCAUUGACAGAUCACGGGCUGUGAGUUUUUGUUUACUGCCAGUGACGUGUCCCUGACUUUUACUAAAAAUACCUGUGACUAAAAUGUAACCUCAUGGUUGUAAAGAGAGAAAUAAGCACUACUGUAUUAAAUUACUGAAAGUUUGUUUCAGAGCUAAGAAAAUAAUGUGCUUUCAAACUUACAUGACUGUGUUUCUUUUUAACGUUUAAGAUGUUUUGAAGCAUGUUUUUAAUACUCCAGCAGUCAUAAUGAAUUGUUGGCAUAGGAGAGGAUGCCAAAAUAUUUUAUGUACUGCAUUUUCUGGGAUCCAGAAGUGUAACACAGUGCUGUUGCACUUCUGUGUAGGGAAAAUGAGACUUUUUAUAUCUGUCCUUAUAAUUUUAUAGUAGUUGAUACAGCCUUAUAACAAGUGGCAAGUAUUUACAUUAUGCCUGGAACCCAACUAUUAAAAAAAAAAUACAACUAAACUAUAUUUAUAGACCUUAUUUUAUCUUGGGUUGAUGGUGAUAUGUACAAAUGAAUCAAGUUUUGUUCUUGUGGCUUAUAUUGGCCCUUGAUUAAAAACAAAACCUUACACUACA